CAAGGAGUUUGAAGAAGCACGCUUGGAGUUGAAGAAAAAGAUAGAUUUUAACCAGAUUAUAAAAUAAUAGCUGCCAUUAGAUUUCAAAUUUGGCAUGUUAAGCAGUGAAAAUGUCAAAAUCAUCUAGGACAUUCCAGCAGCUAAUUUUACCGACAGAUGCCUGAACAUCUGCCUUUCCAGAUAAACGUUUAUACUUAAUCUUAAUAGAGUGCUUUUGCCAAUUUCAUUUUGUUUUUCAGGUUCUUCGGAAUUGGUUUCAGCAAUUGUUUCUUUCAAUUUUAUUCAACCUAGCUCCUGUAAUUUAAAAUUUCUUUGGGUAUACAGAAUUCUGAAAUCAGAGAAUCAGAACCAUGGAUUUUGAACUUAGGGCAGCGAAGGAAAAAUUGGAGCGUGAGCAGAGGGAGAGGAAGGAAAGGGCGAGGAUCAAAGCUGACCGAGAGAGGAAAGCACGAGAGGAAGCACAGCGCCGUCAGGAGAGCCUAGAAGUCGUUCAUCGCGCUCGCAGAAUUGAAGCUGCUCUGGCAGAACAAGCUGCAAGGCAGAGAGAAGAGGAAGAUAUGAUUAUUGGAAAUGGAAUCAAAUUCAAUACAACUCUUCAUGCCAUUCUCUAUCAUGGCUCUGGAGAUAAAAUUAAAUUGCCUCCAUCAUCCUUUGACCAACUAUCCACUGAGGGAGCUUUAGAUAAAGGUCCUAUGUUUUUCGAACUAUCUACUGUUAACAAGCAAGAAACUUCAGGUUUAACAGAACAGAAAACAACUCAUUCAGGAGUUUUGGAGUUUACUGCAUCAGAAGGCUUUGCUGAACUUCCUCCGCAGGUUUGGCAAAAUUUAUUUCCUGUGAACUCUGAGAGCCCCUUGGUUAGGAUAAGGUAUGCAAGACUGCCAAAGGGAACAUAUGCAAAAUUGCAGCCUGAGGUUUUGGGCUUUUCUGAUAUCCCUAAUCAUAGGGCAGUCCUAGAGACAACAUUGCGUCAGCAUGCAGCACUUUCAGAAGGUGAUCUACUUGUAGUUCACCAUGGAGGGAUGGAGUACAGGUUGAGGGUUCUAGAACUCAAGCCUUCUUCUAGCAUCUCUGUGCUUGAGACAGACAUAGAGGUUGAUAUAAUUGAACCUUCAAUGGUCGCUGGUGCCAUGGGACAGGGGAUGUUAAUUCCACUUGUGCUGGGAAAGUCAGAAAUGGGGUUUGUUGAAGAGGGAAAAUAUAAUUACUACAAAUUUUUGAUUGACAGUAAAAUUUCUGAUGCCGCAGCAAAAGGGGAUUUGAAUAUUUUAGUUAAUCUGGUGAUUGAAAAUACUGGCACGAAUGGAGAUGCUGAUCUGUAUAUUUCUCGACAUCCACUUUUGUUUCCCACUCAGCAUCAGCACCAGUGGUCAUCCCAUGAUGUGGGUACAAAAGUUGUAUCCCUUACAGGAAAGGGGAUAUCCCUUGCUGCCGAUACAUAUAGCAUUGGUGUUUAUGGGUUUAGAGGAAUGAGUAAUUACAAAAUUACUGUUGAGUUUCAACCAUCUGUCCAGAGUGGGGCUGUGGGACAGAAACUUGGAACUGUCACAAUGGCGAAGUCUGGUAUUGACUUGGCUUCCUCUUCCCAGACAGGUGCAGAUUCUGAACAAUGUCAAAAUUGUAAACAGUUUGUACCUGCCAGAACUAUUGCUCUUCAUGAAGCAUACUGCAGGAGGCACAACAUAGUAUGCCAAUAUAAAAGCUGUGGAGUGAUACUAAGAAAAGAGGAGGCAGGAAAACAUGUUCAUUGUUUUAAGUGCAGCAGGGCAUUUCAACAAGAAGAGAUUGAGAAGCACAUGAAAGUGUUCCAUGAGCCCUUACAUUGUGGAUGCGGGGUGGUACUAGAGAAGGAAGAAAUGGUGAUUCACCAAUCUUCUGUCUGCCCAUUGAGAAGUAUAACUUGUAAGUUCUGUGGGGACAUGGUUCAAGCAGGAAAUGCUCCUGAUGAUGUUCGUGAUCGAAUACGUGGAUAUUCAGAGCAUGAGAGUCUGUGUGGUUCUAGGACAGCUCCAUGUGAUUCUUGUGGCCGGGCAAUUAUGCUCAAAGAAAUGGAUUUUCAUAGAAUUGCAGUACAUGAGAAUCUGGUAUCAGAAAAUGAGAAUUCUGCUGGUUCUAGGUCAUUCAUGGCACCAGAUUCUGAUGGCUCAGUUAAUCAUUCUGUACCCCAAAUCUCGACAUCCCAAUCACAAAUAAGCCAGGCUAUACCAAGUCAAAGUUCUGAAAGUUUGGCGUGUCCCAUCUGUAAUAAAUCAUUUAUUGGAAAAGAUUCCGAUUGGCAGUUGAAUGCUCAUUUAGACAAGGAGCACUUCACUAGUAUUACGCAUGAUAGUGUUUUAGAAGACCCACCUUCAAUUCCAGAUGAUUCUUUGCAUACACAAGAUAUGUCUCUAAGAACAAUGCUUGUGUCUUGUCCCAUAUGUGGCAUGAGUGUCCAUAGUGAGAGGGAUUUAAGCCAGCACAUUGACUUGGUACAUUAAAAUUUCAAGCGGAACCAAUAGUCAGAGCAAUAUUUCAUUUACUCCUAAUAUACUUCUGUUAUAUACUUCUGUAAUAGAAGUAUAUUGAAUGCAGAUUUUUAUACAGAAUAAGCAAUUGAAGUUAUUAAUUGCUUUCGUCCGUAUUUCUUAUCAACAUGGCAUCUGAUGGCUCCAGGCUUUUCAAGAUGGUCUCCUAAGAAAAUACUAUAUCAUUAUAGAUAUUUCUUAUUCUGGAUAUCUUCAACAAUUAUGAGUUUUGUGAGUUCUAAAUUGUUUAAUAUUCUAUCUAGUCUUUAUUCA